CACUAGUGGAACCAGCACAAAGUCAUAAAACACCAAAUACUUAUUAAGAUCUUGACCCUGAACCGUGUAUAAAAUAACUUGUAAGCUGAAAGUCAAUAUGUUUUCACUGUCUACCCUUACAGUACUGGUUCCCAUAGUCUCCCUAUUUGGACUUUUCUACUCUGCGACAGUGGAUGAGAAUUUCCCACAGGGAUGCACCAGCACUAGCAGUGUGUGUUUCUACAGUCUUCUGUUACCAGUAACGAUCCCUGUCUAUGUGUUUUUCUAUCUUUGGAAAUGGAUGGGAAUCAAGCUGUUCAGGCACAACUAGUGUAUGCUUUACAUUAAUAUUUUUUUUACAGCAGAAUGGUGUGAAUAUUAAAUAAAGGUAUUACAUUAUUGGUACUAAAGUGGAUAUCAUGGGUGUUGUAUCGCUACCAAAACCAGCACAUGAUUCUGUAAGUAAUAAAUGGAAUGACAAAUUAAACUUUAUUUGAUGAGUGA